AUGCUUGUGAAGCCUGCCGACAAUGCUUUCCAUCUUCUUCAUGAACCCCUUGGCGCCUCUGUCCGCGUCCGCGGUGAUUUUGGCCGGCAGUCCGUUGAGCUCCGUCUGGCAUUUCUCGGCGAAGGCUUCCAGCUGGGCCUUCAUGAACUUGACGUAUUUCGCGCGGAGGUCCUGGGUGAUGGCGGAUUGCGCGAUUUUUACUCGGUCGACGACGUAUGCCCAAAGGCCGGAGAUUGUUUUCUUGCCGGCUUCUCCGGCGUCCUCAUUGAGGAAUUUGAACAUGUCUUGUAUUGCGCUGUCCAGCGUUUUACUUUGCAGUUCGCUAAGUUUUACUCUAAUUCCUUCCAGUUGUUUAUUGAUGUUAUCUGCUCUAAACUGCUCCAUGCUGUAUUUCACGUGUUCACAUCUGUUGGAGAUCUCAACGCAUAG